AUGUCUCAUCAUCACUUUCCGUCGCCGUUUUCAUCGCCCCUCCCAACCCCUUCUCCGACAAAGGAAAGACAAUUCUCGGCCUUCCCCUUCCCCGCACACGCUUCCCAAGUUGCAUCAAGCGAAGCAGCGCCGAGCAAAUCUCAGCCUAGCACAGAUCAAGCGACCUCAUCCAAACCGCGAGAGAGUCAGCAUGUGCCUGCCAAGUCCUAUCGAGCACCACACUCGAAACGCAUCUCAAGGCCAAGGCUGAGUAGUCUUCAAAGCCUCAACUCUGCACCUGCAUCGCCGUCGCUGACAGAGCAAGACAGCGGUCGAGCUUUCAUCUCUACAUCCCGCUUUCACACUUCCCACCCGAGCAUGGCCAGGUCCCACUCUCGCAAUGCUGUCGAGACACUCCAGCCAUUGGCAGAGUCGAGUGAAACUGCAAGCAAGCACAACCUUUCGGCGAAUAGCACCACCAGGUCCCCGCCUAUCGCUGCCCAGACAUGGACAAAGCAAACCGCCGAAAGCAGCAGCGCUUUGCCACCAAGACCAAGACGCUCGUCCACCAGUCCAAAGCUCGAGUCCGGUCUCAGCGAGUUCGGGCAGAUGGGAGCACCUUAUGCUGAGAACGACCGCAAUGGCGCCAGUAAGGAUGUCUCGGCCAAGUUGCGCAACUUUCAAUCCAGCACAGGUGCUUUUCUUCGGCGCAGUCAUACUGUCACCUCAGCUAUUAGCUCUGCUGCACAGAAGAACACUCAACACAGUCACCAUCAUCAUUCACCGCCCUCGUCGAAUGCAGUGACCUACGGUCCUAGCAGCGGUAAACAUGCGCCCAAACUUUCUCAGCGACGUCAAACCGUCUCGAGCGUCUCUCCGACUGCUGCCGAUCGCCAACCUGGAGCAGCAAACAGCUCGAUUUCACCGGCAUCUAGCCGCACGCUUCAAUUCGCACAGCAGUCCCCUCACCCUCUAUCUGGAAGCACACUCUCCCUCACUUGUCCAGCUUCGCACAUCCGCCAACGUGCCACGUUGCCCAACAACCAACUCGAAGCCAAAGUCGUCAUCCUCGGCUCCCAAGGUGUUGGCAAGACAUCUCUUGUGCAUCGCUACACUUCCGGCCAGUUCGCCAUUGCUUCUACUCCCUCAACGAUCGGUGCUAGUUUCCUGACAAAGAAACUCAUCGUUGAUGGUGUAAAAGUUCGAUUGCAGCUUUGGGAUACGGCUGGGCAAGAACGCUUCCGAAGCAUGGCUCCAAUGUACUACAGGGGCAGCCAGGCAGCUGUGAUCGUGUACGAUAUCACUUCGAUGUCGAGUUUCAUGGAUAUCCAAGCAUGGAUUGAAGAGUUGAAGAAGAACAUGUCUACCGAUUUGCUUAUUCAUGUGGUGGGUGCAAAGGCGGAUUUGGCUUGGUCGAGCAGGCAGGUUGACUUGGAUUUUGCUCGUGCUACUGUUAGGAGUUGGUUGCAGCCCUACUCGACCCAGCUUGCUGCCGCAUCGUCGAAUUCUGGAUUCAAUAAUGUCGAGGGUAGUCCUGCAUCUCCUACCCGGCCCUCAUCGAGGUUGAGCGGGUUAGGAUCCUUAGCUGUUAGUUCAGCUUCUCGGUUUACUGCUUUCCAACGCGGCCCACUCGGUACCACCAGCACCAGCACUAGCACACUCGCUACCAUCCCCGCAGCGGUGGGGAUCAAACCGAGCUCAUUCACAAGCUCCACCGCCUCCACCGGCUCGGCAAACAGCGAUGCAGGUCGAGACGCAACCCUGCCCAACACCGCGGAUUUCGACAUCUCAUGGGAGAUAGUAGAAAUCUCUGAAGUUUCAGCAAAAGACGACUGCGGUAUAGAAGAAGUCUUUCUAGCUGUAACCAAGAAGUUGGUCGAGAGGACAAGUCAGAUUGAACAGCAGAGGUUGCAUAGAGAGAGAAACAGUAUCUUUUUGAGUGCCAGUGAGGCUGAGCAGUUACUCAACCGCAGUGCAGGCCGAGCUGGCCCAGGCGCAGGUGGGGCGAUCAAUACUAAUAGCUGGUCUUGUUGUGCUUGA